UUAUAUUUUCUUUUACUUUUCGUUUUUUGUCAUCGAGUUCUGCCGCCGUUACCGGUAUGCCAGUGUUAACCAAACCGUUUAAAUGACCGGACCGCGUUCGUGUCCCCACAGCGGUUGCCGAUACGACGACCACGACGGCAAAAAAGUGCGUGACGUUGUUCUUGCAGGUGAAGUCGAAAACAGUGAGAAAAAUCGAAACCUGACCAAUCAGCGGCGGCGGCGGCGGCGGCUGCGGCCCACUUUUCGGACUUUGAUUGUUGCGCGGAGGACUGCUGUUGUAGCUGCAAAACUAUACACACGACAAACAUUAUACUAUAUAGUAUUGAUGUAAUAUAGGUGACAGCUAAAACUAUAUGCCAACCUACGCAGAUAUUAUAUGGACUUCGAAACAUCGUACCGAAACUCCGCGGCCGCGCGUGUGUGUGACGUUCGUUUCGUAUGGCUAAUGUUAAUAGCGGUGGUCGCGGAAUGCACUGGCUCGGAACGCACUACACUGCAACUAUCCAAUUAUUCUAGUGGAUAUUACCCGCAACAUUUCGUUCUGAUCGACCCUUGGGUGUCGCCGUCGUUGAAAAAUACAAAUGUAGCUGUUUACAAAAAAAAUAAUGGUAAAUCAGAAAAAUCGAUAGGAGGUAUAAAAAAAGUUGAUGCAGAAAAAUACAAAAGCGGUAAACUCGUGAAUGAAAAAAAAUCAACAAAUUACAAAGAAGAUAAGGGAGAUGAUGACAAAUAUAAUAAUAAAGGAGGCCAUGCUGGAGAAAUACAUACGCAUGGAGGUAAAAAGAAAGAAGCAUCAUACAAGAAAGGCGACAAAGAAAAAAAAUUUAAAACUAAAAAAGGUUUUCGAGAUAAGUAUCACAAAAAUGAAAAACAUAAAGUAAAUGAAUUCUGGGACAAUUAUGAAACAUAUGGUACGUUUAAGAAGUUUGGUAAAAAGGGAAACAAAAAGUUGUUAGGAAAUAAGAAAAGCAAGAAAAAUAAAACCAAAAAAGGAGGCCAAUCAAAUAAAGAAAACCAUAAUAAAGGAGAAACAAAACAUAAGUCUGGAAAAAAAGGAGAAAUUGGGCAUAAAGAAGAAAAACAUAGUGACACUCAUUAUAAUCACAAGUCUAAAUAUCAUAAAGGAAAAAAAUCUAAAAAAAACCAUAAGAAAAAUACAUAAAACAUUUUAAAAUUUUAAUGAAAAAUCAUUACAAUAAGUAUAAAAUAUUAUUAUUUUAACAAUAAACAUUAGA